AGAAGCAGCUCUCUUAUUACAUAUAGAUUUUGAGAUAAUUAAAUCUGAGGUGUAUUUACGUUGUAUUAUCACGACCGAAUAAUGCAGGUAGCGCUUACGUCCGGAUUUCAGAACCGUCAGCCUUCGAACUUCAGAUUUGGGGAUGGACUUCUACAAUCACAUUUGUGGAAGGACAAUGGUGGGUCCUUGACAUAUUCCCUCUUUUGAUAAUUGAUAGUUCACUGCGAGACGAGGACAAUGACGCCUCAGAAGUCAAAGGUCAAUAUGCCUGGCGUUGCGCCGGGGAAAGCAUUGGCUGGAAUACCCGUCGGCGAUGAGUCUGCUGAAGAGCGUGUCCUUGCUCUCUUAGAAGGAAGUGUAGCUGGGGAUGCAGACCAAGGCUGGUCAACUCUCCUCCAAGACUCUCUCAGUUUCGUCUCCGCCACUGCUUCCCCUGCCGGCCGCACCGUAUUCCGCUUCACCGUCCUCCCCUCGCACUGCAACCGCCUCGGAAACCUCCAUGGCGGGUGCACCGCCACGAUCUUCGACAUCUGCACGACUACCGCGCUCGCUCCAAUCGCUAAACCCGGAUACUGGCAGUACGCAGGCGUUAGUAGAGGAUUAAGUGUUACGUAUCUAAAGCCGGUGCCGGAAGGAGAGAAGGUGCUGGUGGAGAGUGAGGUGGUGAGUGCUGGCAAGAGGAUGUGUGUUUUGAAGGCAACGAUGAGGAGGGAGAGUGAUGGGGAAGCGUUGGCUGUUUGUGAACACGGGAAGGUUAGUAUUGAUCCCCCUGUUUCGAAGAUCUGAGGAUGGCCUACGAGAUAAGAGGGGGACGAUAGACGGAGCGGUGAUAGACUCUCGAUGGUCAUACAUAGAUUUUGAUACCUGAAAUGGGAAAGUUUUACAUUUGUUGGUUUUGAGAGGUCGAAUGAGAGUGAGCAAGUCCUCACGGAGUACAGUACAGUACAUCCUAUGAGACGUUCAGCAGAGAAAUGUUAACCCACAUCUUGAAGUCAAGCCCCAUACUCCAAUGACGUCAACUCCCUUGAUCAAUUCUGCUUCCGUUAAGACAUUUUACAUGCAAUUCUUCACAUGUAUAUCUCUCUCCUAGCACUCUUCCAUCUCUCCCACGAGGUCAUCCAUGUAACACCAAUCCACAUUCACAUGCCUCCUAGUGCCCUCCCUUUCCCCCAACCUCCCCUCCCCACU